UGUGUGUGUGAGAGAGAGAGCGAGUGAGAGUGAGAGUGAGGGCGCGCAUGUCCAAUCCUUCCAUGCAGGCUGUAGACGCUCCUCACCACUGGCGAGUUGUUCUCUCUGUCUUUUCCUUCUCGCGCUCUCUUCCACCCAUCUUGUAUGUGCUCGGGUUAGUGUUUCCCGAGCCGGACAGAGCUCUCUCCAGCAGCAGCGGACACUGCGGGGGAACAAGACCACUAUGGAUUGCUAAAACUCUGGCUUAUUUUUCUCUUUUCCCACCUUCUCUCUCGCCUUGUUUCCCAAUCCUACAUGUCUCUCCACUGUUUUUAAGGCACGGAAAAUGAGGAUUAUUUACCCGCACUUUCUCGGGGUGUUUUCCGCCCUUUGGGGGCUAGCGACUGGGGCUUUCCCCAGCAGUGUUCAAAUAGGUGGUCUAUUUAUCAGGAACACAGACCAGGAGUACACAGCAUUUCGACUGGCUAUCUUCCUGCACAACACCAGCCCCAAUGCCACGGAGGCUCCAUUCAACCUGGUACCCCAUGUCGACAACAUUGAGACAUCUAACAGCUUCGCCGUCACAAAUGCCUUCUGUUCGCAGUACUCGAGGGGUGUGUUUGCUAUCUUCGGCCUGUACGACAAGCGUUCGGUCCACACCCUGACGUCGUUCUGCAGUGCACUGCACAUCUCCCUGGUCACGCCAAGUUUCCCCACGGAGGGGGAGGGCCAGUUCACCCUGCAGCUCCGCCCCUCUAUCAGAGGAGCUCUGCUGUCCCUACUGGACCACUACGACUGGAGCCGCUUCGUAUUCCUCUACGACACAGACAGAGGUUACGCCAUCCUACAGGCAAUCAUGGAGCGAGCAGGUCAAAAUGGUUGGCAGGUGAGUGCCAUCUGCGUGGAGAGUUUCAACGAGGCAGCUUACCGUCGUCUGCUAGAAGAUCUGGACCGCCGGCAGGAGAGGAAGUAUGUCAUCGACCUGGAGCCUGAGAGACUGCAGAGCAUUCUAGAACAGGCCGUUAGUGUGGGGAAACAUGUCAAAGGCUACCAUUACAUCUUGGCCAACCUGGGUUUCAAAGACAUAUCUCUAGAGAGAUUUAUGCAUGGUGGGGCUAACAUCACUGGGUUCCAGUUGGUUGACUUCAGUAAGCCAAUAGUCCUCAAACUGAUGCAGCGCUGGAACAAACUGGACCAGAGAGAGUACCCAGGCUCUGACAUCCCACCCAAGUACACCUCGUCUCUGACGUAUGAUGGGGUGUUGGUGAUGGCCGAGGCCUUCAGGAACCUGCGUCGUCAGAAGAUAGACAUCUCCCGUAGAGGAAAUGCUGGAGACUGUCUGGCCAACCCAGCUGCCCCCUGGAACCAGGGCAUAGACAUGGAACGCACACUCAAACAGGUGCGUAUCCAGGGUCUGACAGGUAACAUCCAGUUUGACCACUACGGCCGCAGAGUCAACUACACCAUGGACGUGUUUGAACUGAAGAGCAAUGGACCACAACGGAUUGGCUACUGGAACGACAUUGACAAACUGGUUCUGGUCCAGAAUGAGGUGCUGUUGUCCAAUGACAGCACAAACAUUGAGAACAGGACAGUCGUUGUGACAACUAUCAUGCCACUGAUGAGGAAGCCUCUGCUGCGACACUGAAGACUUACAGUACAGACAGACACACAGACAGACGGGAGAUGGACUCACAGAAGGACUCACACUGACAGAUAGAGCCACUGAGACUCUAGCUCUCUAUUGCUCUGUAAUUAUACUGCAGCGCCAUUGAGAGAAGAGGAAUCACACAGAUGAAGAUAUCUAUCUAUCUAUCUAUCUAUCCAUCUGUCUGUAAUUCUGCUUUGUCAUGACUUUACUUUUUCUUCUCUGUGAACUGGGGGAACUGUAGACUAAAAAAAAAAAUUGAAUAUUUUUGUGAUUAUCUUUUUGGAUGUUCAGGGAAUUAGAAUGGAAUUGUGUCCCAUAAUGAUGAGAAAAAGACACACACAGAUCAGACGGGCCAGUCGUACAGAAACACACACAGAUCAGACAGGGGCCAGUCAUACAGAAACACACAUAGAUCAGACAGGGGCCAGUCGUACAGAAACACACACAGAUCAGACAGGCCAGUCAUACAGAAACACACACAGAUCAGACAGGCCAGUCGUGCAGAAACACACACAGAUCAGACGGGCCAGUCGUACAGAAACACACACAGAUCAGACGGGCCAGUCGUACAGAAACACACACAGAUCAGACAGGGGCCAGUCGUACAGAAACACACACAGAUCAGACAGGGGUCAGUCGUACAGAAACACACACAGAUCAGACAGGGGCCAGUGGUAUAGAAACACACACAGGUCAGACAGGGGCCAGUGGUAUAGAAACACACCCACACAGAGUGCAUAUAUACUGUCACACACACACAUUCACACACUGCGUACUGUCUCACAGAUGCAUACACAAACACACCCCCAACACACUGACAUAAUCACAGUCUCAACCAAGCACCCUGACAGUCACAAAACACAAUCUCAAAGUGUACACAUGCAUAGACACACCCUCAAUUGUAAAGAACAACACAAUCACACACACACUCAUGCACACACUUGUGUGCAAAUGCUGCUGUGAGUGAGUAGGUGUGUGUGAGUGUGUUUGUGUGUGUGCGUGCUAGAUGCAUCGUGUUGUCAGUGAUGGCUGUAUUUCAUAUUCAAUCACCAUGACGACAUGCCUGUUACCACCCCACUGCUGAGAGUCAUCACGCCCCCUGCAGAUAGCAGCUCUUGUCAUUCUGUUUCUAUGGUGUUCUCUGAAGACUGCAUCAGGGACCGUGCAUUGACAUAGAGAGAGGCUGCUGUUACUUCAUGGUCACCCAUCAUCUACAUUGUUCUAUUCUACAGUGGCUUGCGAAAGUAUUCACUCCCUUGGCAUUUUUCCUAUUUUGUUGCCUGACAACCUGGAAAUAAAUGAAAAAAUGUAGGGGUUUGUAUCAUUUGAUUUACACAACAUGCCUACCACUUUGAAGAUACAAAAUAUUUUUGAUUGUGAAACAAACAAGAAAUAAGACAAAAAAAACUGAAAAUUUGAGCCUGCAUAACUAUUCACCCCUCCAAAGUCAAUACAUUGUAGAGCCACUUUUUGCAGCAAUUACAGCUGCAAGUCUCUUGGAGUAUGUCUCUAUAAGCUUAGCGCAUCUAGCCACUGGGAUUUUUGCCCAUUCUUCAAGGCAAAACUGCUCCAGCUCCUUCAAGUUGGACGGGUUCCGCUGGUGUACAACAAAUUUUAAGUCAUACCACAGAUUCUCAGUUGGAUUGAGGUCUGGGCUUUGAAAAGGCCAUUCCAAGACAUUUAUAUGUUUCCCCUUAAACCACUUGAGUGUUGCUUUAGCAAAAUACUUAGGGUUAUUGUCCUGCUGGAAGGUGAACCUCCGUCCCAGUCUCAAAUCUCUGGAAGACUGAAACAGGUUUCCCUCAAGAAUUUCCCUGUAUUUAGUACUCCUUCAAUUCUGACCAGUUACCCAGGCCCUGCCGAUAAAAAACAUCCCCACGGCAUGAUGCUGCCUCCACCACGCUUCACAGUGGGGAUGGUGUUAACGGGGUGAUGAGAGGUGUUAGGUUUGCGCCUUCAUGGUCUUCAUGGUGCCGCUUGCUUGAUGGUGCCCCUUGCUUAGCGGUGUUGCAGACUCUGGGGCCUUUCAGAACAGGUGUAUAUGUACGGAGAUCAUAUGACAGAUCAUGUGACACUUAGAUUGCACACAGGUGAACUUUAUUGAACUAAUUAUGUGACUUCUGGAGGUAAUUGGUUGCACCAGAUCUUUUUUAGGGGCUUCAUAUUUAACCUGUCUAGGACUGGGGUGCCGCUAGCGGCACACCUCCCCCACCCCCACUCAAAAGGCAGAGCCGCGAAAUUCAAAAAAAUUUUUUUUUUUAAAUAUUUAACUUUCACACAUUAAAGUCCAAUACAGCUAAUGAAAGACACAGAUCUUGUGAAUCCAGCCAACAUGUCCGAUUUUUAAAAUGUUUUACAGGGAAGACACAAUAUGUAAAGAUGUAAAUCUAUUAGCUAAAAACACAUUAGCAUAAUCCACCAUCUUUACUUUGUCCACCAACAACAGUAGCUAUCACCAAUUCGGCUAAACUAAGAUAUUGAUAGCCCCUAACCAAGAAAAAAAACUCAUCAGAUGACAGUCUGAUAACAUAUUUAUGGUAUAGGAUAGGUUUUGUUAGAAAAAUUUGCAUAUUUCAGGUAGAUGGCAUAGUUUACAAUUGCACCCACCGUCACAAAUGGACUAGAAUAAUUACAAUGAGCAACGUGUUUACCUAACUACUAAUCAUCAAACAUUUCGUAAAAAUACACAGCAUACACUAAUCGAAAGACACAGAUCCUGUGAAUACAGACAAUAUUUCAGAUUUUCUAAGUGUCUUACAGCGAAAACACAAUAAAUCGUUAUAUUAGCAUAGCACAUGUGCAAACAUUACCCCAGCAUUGAUUCUAGCCAAAGAGAGCGAUAACGUAAACAUCGCCAAAAUAUAUUAAUUUUUUCACUAACCUUCUCAGAAUUCUUCAGAUGACACUCCUGUAACAUCACAUUACAACAUACAUAUACAGUUUGUUCGAAAAUGUGCAUAUUUAGCCACCAAAAUCAUGGUUAGACAAUGAGAAAAGUAGCCCAGCUGGUCAGAAAAUGUUCGUGCGCCAUAUUAGACAGUGAUCUAGUCGUAUACAUAAAUACUCAUAAACGUGACUAAAAAAUAUAGGGUGGACAGCGAUUGAUAGACAAUUUAAUUCUUAAUACAAUCGCGGAAUUACAUUUUUUAAAUUAUCCUUACUUUUCAAUACAGUUUGCGCCAAGCGAAGCUAAGUAAAAAAAAAUGGCGUCCUAAGCCACUAACAUUUUUCGACAGAAACACGAUUUAUCAUAAUAAAUUGUUCCUACUUUGAGCUGUUCUUCCAUCAGAAUCUUGGGCAAAGAAUCCUUUCUUGGGUCUAAUCGUCUUUUGGUCGAAAGCUGUCCUCUUGCCAUGUGGAAAUGCCAACUGCGUUCGGCAUGAACUGGAAGCGUGCCCAGAGAUUUACAGUGUCUCAGAAAUAAAUGUCCCAAAAUCGCACUAAACGGAUAUAAAUUGCUAUAAAACGCUUUAAAUUAACUACCUUAUGAUGUUUUUAACUCCUAUAACGAGUAGAAAUAUGACCGGAGAAAUAUAACUGGCUACACUAAUGCUUGGAAAAACAGUAGGUCGGUAUCCUCCGCGCGCAUGACGCACCAAGAAAAGAGUUCCUACAUACAGGGUUUUUUCAUUUAUAGUGCCUGUGAUUGCGCAAUCGACACCAUUCAAAUCGUCAUCACGUAAAGGCAUCCAGGGGAAGACGUAAGCAGUGUCCGUAUACUCAUAGGAAUAACAGUGGCCUUAAAACUGACUCCAGAACAGGGGCCAAAAUUUCUGAAAUCUGACUCCAUGUCAGGGAAAUUGCUGUAGAAUGAGUUCUGUUCCACUUAGAGACAAAAUUUCAACGCCUAUAGAAACUAUAGACUGUUUUCUAUCCAAUAAUAAUAAUAAUAUGCAUCGCUAGCAUAGCGUCACAAUUAAAUAGUAGCAUCUAAAUAUCAUUAAAUCACAAGUCCAAGACACCUAAUGAAAGAUACAGAUCCUGUGAAUAAAGCCACCAUUUCAGAUUUUUUAAAUGUUUUACAGGGAAGACAAAAUAUGUAAAUCUAUUAGCUAACCACGUUAGCAAAAGACACCACUUUUCUAAAUCCAUCAGUUUCUUACUCCAUCAGGUGCUAUCACCAAUUCGGCUAAACUAAGAUAUUAAUAGCCACUAACCAAGAAAAAAACUCAUCAGAUGACAGUCUGAUAACAUAUUUAUGGUAUAGGAUAGGUUUUGUUAGAAAAAUGUGCAUAUUUCAGGUAGAUUUCAUAGUUUACAAUUGUACCCAGCGUCACAAAUGGACUAGAAUAAAUUAAAUAGAGCAACGUGUAUUACCUAAUUACUAAUCAUCAAACAUUUCGUAAAAAUAAACAGCAUACACUAAUCGAAAGACACAGAUCCUGUGAAUACAGACAAUAUUUCAGAUUUUCUAAGUGUCUUACAGCGAAAACACAAUAAAUAGUUAUAUUAGCAUACCACAUGUUCAAACAUUACCAGAGCAUAGAUUCUAGCCAAAGAGAGCGAUAACGUCAACAUUGCCAAAAUAUAUUAAUUUUUUCACUAACCUUCUCAGAAUUUUUCCGAUGACACUCCUGUAACAUCAUAUUACACAAUCCAUAUAGAGUUUGAUCGAAAAUGUGCAUAUUUAGCGGCACAAAUCGUGCUUACACAAUGAAAAUACUGUCCAACUACUCAAGCAAUCUGCCCGGCAGCAUCAUGAUAAUACAACUAUUUUUAUCGAAAACUAUUCAUAAACUUGACUAAAAAAAUACAGGUUGGCCAUGAAAUGAAAGAUGCAUUAGUUAUUAAUGCAACCGCUAAGUUAGAUUUUUAAAAUUAACGUUACUAGACAUACAGUGUGCGUUACAGACAGACUAGUGCCGCAAUAACGGCGUCACUAUUUAUCGUUAUUGAGUUUACAUUUUUCCACAUAAAAAUGGAAUAACAUCAUAAAUAGCUCUUACUUUUCGACGAGCUUCCAUCGGAAUCUUGGCCAAGUGGUACUUUUGUCCAAAAGAAUCGUUGCUUGGUUGUAAAACGUUGCAUUCAACUUCUGAUAUAGCAGCUAACUAUAGCUAACAAUUGCUAACAUUAGCUAACGUGUCCAAAUCCUCAUUACGCAAUACUGAGGAAAUUCCGAAAAAUAGCAAUAUACUCGCAUAAUCUGAUAUAACUCGGUUUCAAAUAGCUUCGUUAUGAUGUUUCUAACACCUAUAUCAAAUUAAAUUACAGACUGAUAUAUCUAAAGUUCAUUACUUAGCGUUCGAAAAUGGCAUCCCUAGGUCUCUCUCUGCGUAAAGUUCAACGUCGAAAAGAAGGCGUACCUUACUCCUUGGUCUUUUAUAACCUCUGACAGCUACGUAGGAAGCCCAUUCCACUUCUCAUUGGUUACUGACAUCCAGGGGAAGGCGGGUGCAGUUCGUGUCGUUCCAUAGGAUAUACACACCCCUUUAAACUGAACUGAGAUCAGAGCUUCGCUCUCAGACCUUCGCAAAACCUGUCAUGGACUUCGCUGUAGAAAGAGUUCUGUUCCACUCAGAGACAUAAUUCAAACGGCUAUAGAAACUAGAUAGUGUUUUCUAUCCAUUAAUAACAAUAAUAUGCAUAUUGUACGAUCAAGAAUUGAGUAGGAAGCCGUUUCAUCUGUAGAGACAAUUAUGCUAAUUUGAAACAGCACCCCCUAUAGUCGCAAGAAGUUAAAUUACAGGUUGUAAUGCAACAAAAUAGGAAAAAUGCCGAGGGGGAUGAAUACUUUGCAAGGAACUGGAGAUGCAUCUGCAGCUAGUCUGUUGUCCCUGAUAUUGAAGUUUCAGGAACUCUGGUAAACAUAUUAUGUUGUACUGGAUAUUGUAUUGGCUGUCUGCAUAAUUAAGAUCAGGGUUGCGGUCAGUUCCAUUUUUAAUUCUGGUCAUUUCAUAAAGUAAAUCAAAUUCCAAUUCUACAUUUUUCGAAUUGAAAAUGAUUGAAUUUUCUGAAUUGACUUGAAUGUAAAUGGAAUUGGCCCGAACCCUGAUUAGGAGCUCUCUCUCUUUCUGAUGUCUCUGCUGACGUUCCACUGUUUUAUGUCUUAUCUACCUGAACCCUUCACCACUAAAGCUUCUCUUCUCUUUUCUCUCUCUUUUCUCUCUCUCUCUCUCUCUCUCUCUGUCGUUCCUCUCUCUCUUCUCCCCAUAAAACCACCCUCUCUCUUGCCAUCUCUACACUCUCUCAGCCCUGUCAUUCCUCCCUCCUGUCCUCUCUCCCUCUUGCCACAUCCUCAUGUAAGACAUCUGACGUGGUGUUCAGCAUCAGAGAAUAACUUCACUUUUUCAAACACACGCCCAAUAUCCCUCCAUGCACCUGCACCGAGACUAAACACACCGCAAUAACACACACACAAACACACUGUGACAAAAUAGUCUGCGACAAACUGAUAACAAAACUAUAAAGGGUUUAAACAUGAAAUAAUCCACUGUCGGCAAAACCCCUAGCGAUUUGUGUGUUUGAGUGUGUGUAUACUAUCACUGCUAAACACUCUACAAAGUCACCUAUUCUGAUGUCAAACUGUUGUCCUUUUAAUAUGCUAAUAUUUUCAGAAAAGUGAGGCAGGGUUAAGAAGAGACUUAUCCAAAGUCAUAAGUAGACCAAAAUCAAGCUGAGUCCAUGUUCUACCUACACCAUCUGUUCUCUAGAUCCUCAUAUACACUACAGUACAGUACAGUACAGUACAGUACAGUACAGUACAUCAGAAUUCAAUUUUAAGAUCGGCAAUUUUGUACCAUCUAAUAAAAUGGAAUAACAUGUUCACAACAGACGGCAUGAAAUAUGAACUCAUCUCGGGUUUAGAUUGUUGAUGAGAUAUGAUUUUGGUGUUGUCUAUGCCGUUAAGACCUACAGUUGAAGUCGGAAGUUUACGUACACCUCAGCCAAAUAUAUUUAAACUCAGUUUUUCACAAUUCCUGACAUUUAAUCAAAGGGAAAAUUAGGUCAGAUUUAGGAAAAAUUAGGUCAGUUAGGAUCACCAAUUUAUUUUAAGAAUGUGAAAUGUCAAAAUAAUAGAGAGAAUGAUUUAUUUCAGUUUUUUAUUUUUCAUCACAUUCCCAGUGGGUCAGAAGUUUACACACACUCAAUUAGUAUUUGGUGGCAUUGCCUUUAAACUGUUUCACUUGGGUCAAACAUUUCAGGUAGCUUUCCACAAGCUUCCCACAAUAAAUUGGGUGAAUUUUGGCCCAUUCCUCCUGACAGAGCUGGUGUAACUGAGUCAGGUUUGUUGGCCUCUUUGCUCACACACACUUUUUCAGUUCUGCUCACAAAUUCUCUAUAGGAUUGAGGUCAGGGCUUUGUGAUAGCCACUCCAAUACCUUGACUUUGUUGUCCUUAAGCCAUGUUUGCCACAACUUUGGAAGUAUGCUUGGAGUCAUUGUCCAUUUGGAAGACCCAUUUGCGACCAAGCUUUAACUUCUUGACUGAUGUCUUGAGAUGUUGCUUCAAUGCAUCCACAAAAUGUUCCUUCUCAUGAUGCCAUCUAUUUUGUGAAGUGCACCAGUCCUUCCUGCAGCAAGCACCUCCAGAACAUGAAGCUGCCACCCCCGUGCUUUACGGUUGGGAUGGUGUUCUUCGGCUUGCAAGCCGCCCCCUUUUUCCUCCAAACAUAACGAUGGUUAUUAUGGCCAAACAGUUCUAUUUUUGUUUCAUCAGACCAGAGGACAUUUCUCCAAAAAGUAUGAUCUUUGUCCACAUGUGCAGUUGCAAACCGUAGUCUGGCUUUUUUUAUGGCGGUUGUGGAGCAGUGGCUUCUUCCUUGCUGAGGGGCCUUUCAGGUUAUGUCGAUAUAGGACUCAUUUUACUGUGGAUAUAGAUACUUUUGAACCUGUUUCCUCCAGCAUCUUCACAAGGUCCUUUGCUGUUGUUCUGGGAUUGAUUUGCACUUUUCGCACCAAAGUACGUUCAUCUCUAGGAGACAGAAUGCGUCUCCUUCCUGAGCGGUAUGACGGCUGUGUGUUCCCAUGGUGUUUAUACUUGUGUACCAUUGUUUGUACAGAUGAACGUGGUACCUUCAAGCAUUUGGAAAUUGCUCCCAAGGAUGAACCAGACUUGUGGAGGUCCACAUUUUUUUUCUAAGUUCUUGGCUGAUUUCUUUUGAUUUUCCCAUGAUGUCAAGCAAAGAGGCACUGGGAAGGUAGGCCUUGAAAUAAAUCCACAGGUACACCUACAAUUAACUCAAAUGAUGUCAAAUAGCCUAUCAGAAGCUUUUAAAGCAUGACAUAAUUUUCAGGAAUUUUCCAAGGUGUUUAAAGGCACAGUCAACUUAGAUUCUGCUUUAAGAUAAUGGAAAUUCCAUUGAUGUUUAGAUACUUGAUUAAUGCAAGUAUAUUCCUAUAAGGCUUGAGAUCCAUGUGAGUAAAUCUGAUAGUCACACAACUCUCCAAUUUACAUUGAGUUACAGUAUACACACCUCAAGUUAGGACAUAGUCCAAUAUGCCUUUAAGAGGUGGUACUUUUGUGAUAUCAUUCUAGAGUCUAGAAUCUAGACCAAUGGUAUGUGACAGAUACUACUACUGUAAUAUUACUCUAGAUAUGGCAUGUACAUUAACUGAUACAAUGUCAACGUGUAACUGAUACAACGUCAACGUGUGACUGAUACAACGUCAACGUGUAACUGAUACAAUGUCAACGUGUGACUGAUACAACGUCAACGUGUAACUGAUACAACGUCAACGUGUGACUGAUACAACGUCAACGUGUAACUGAUACAAUGUCAACGUGUGACUGAUACAACGUGUGACUGAUACAACGUCAACGUGUAACUGAUACAACGUCAACGUGUAACUGAUACAACGUCAACGUGUAACUGAUACAAUGUCAACGUGUAACUGAUACAACGUCAACAUGUAACGGAUACAACGUCAACGUGUAACUGAUACAACGUCAACGUGUAACUGAUACAAUGUCAACGUGUGACUGAUACAACGUCAACGUGUAACUGAUACAACGUCAACGUGUAACUGAUACAAUGUCAACGUGUGACUGAUACAACGUCAACGUCUAACUGAUACAACGUCAACGUGUAACUGAUACAACGUCAACGUGUAACUGAUACAAUGUCAACGUGUAACUGAUACAACGUCAACGUGUAACUGAUACAACGUCAACGUGUAACUGAUACAAUGUCAACGUCUAACUGAUACAACGUCAACGUGUAACUGAUACAACGUCAACGUGUAACUGAUACAACGUCAACGUGUAACUGACACAAUGUCAACAUGUAACUGACACAACGUCAACGUCUAACUGAUACAACGUCAACGUAUGACUGAUACAACGUCAACGUCUAACUGAUACAACGUCAACGUGUGACUGAUACAACGUCUAACUGAUACAAUGUCAACGUGUGACUGACACAACGUCAGCGUGUGACUAAUACAACGUCAACGUGUGACUGAUACAACGUCAACGUCUUACUGAUACAAUGUCAACGAACCUCUAAAAAUGUUAUGCAUUUGUAUUUCCCCCUUCUUUUUAAUUUAGGAAAAAUGUUAUGUUUCAUUUGAUGUGACCUAUUUACCUGUACGCUUUAUUCUGACAAGUUCCUUGGUGAGCCAGGGAUGGAGUCUCUUGAAAUGUAUCCAUUUCAUUUGUAAAUUAACAUCAUAAAUGAAAACGUGUACAUGGAUUUGAUUUUAAAUGUAUUUCAUAUAGUGUUUAUACAGCUAUUUCAAUUAAUUUGAUAUAUGUAUAAACCAUUUGAAAGCC